GCUUUUGAAUAUUCCUACCAGGAACAAUGAAUAUUGGUGAUAAAUUUAUAACGAAAUCGUUAGAUAUGAAAUUACAAAGAGAAAAUGUAUUCAGAGGUGAACGCGUGUUCUUGCCUAAUCCACGAACUAUUUAUGGUGGUGAGCUCAUGGCUCAAGCUUUAAUGGCUGCUAGUAAAACCGUUCCUAAAGAUUUCAGACCGAAUAGCCUGCACUGUUAUUUUCAUGACCGAUCAAAUGUACUUGAACCAAAUGAUUACCAUGUUACAAAACUUCGUGAUGGACGUUCAUUUUGUCAUAGAUUAGUUGAAGCUUUUCCAAUAAAUAAAAGUGAAUCGGAUUUAAUUACUCCAUAUUUUCGCAUGGAUUGUUCAUUUAAAACACCCGAGAAGGAUCCUGCAUCCUUUUUGUCUCCCAUGCCUCAUGUUCAGUCUGUUGAGAAACUCCAAGAUUUUAAUUCAUAUGUGAAAUCACUUGACUUUGACAACUUGCCAAAUGUACCACGAACUCGGGUACUACAUUAUCAAAGUUUCGAUGCUAAUUCACCUCUUGAAACCGUAUUCUGUGAACCCGAAUAUGUUCUCGGCCUCAAGUCAAAUGUUGGUGGACAACUACACUCUUGGAUCCGUUUAAAGGAACCACCUUCCACUUCUCUACAUUCUUAUCGUGAUGCCUUCCUAGCGUAUUUAUCGGAUGCUUUUUUGUUAUGGGUCGCACUUACUGAACCACAUCAUGUUUUAUACUUGGUCACGCUAAAUCAAAGCAUAUGGUUUCACAAUCCCGAAAUAGAAAUUAAGCCAGAUGAAUGGAUUUUGCUUGGAACAAGAGCAAAUUACGUAGGUGGCGCUUUGACACUUUCAUAUGGAGACAUAUGGAACAGAGAAGGCUGUCUCCUGGCAAGCAUGGCUCAACAAGGCUUAGUGCGGACUCAACAACUGAAGCCAGUUUCAUCCUACACAUCAAUGGGUGAACUAGCAGAACAAGCUGAAAAAUAAUCCUACAUCGAUAUAAGCACCUGACUUAAAUAAAUUGUAUUAUCUUUUUGUAUAUCUUAAUUUCUGUCAUGGACAUAUAUAUCUAUGCAACAUUCCUCAGCAUAUAAGGAAAUCUCUUGACAUUAUGUUUUGGUUAUAUCUUACUCUUUAACUAUGGUUAUGACAUCUGAGCUGUGAUUUUCUGAUUAGCAUGUUAGCAAUAUUUUCUUCAUAUUUGUUAUUCACUACUAAAUUACGAUGAAUUGAAUAUUCUUCUAAUAUUUUCCCUAUACAAGCUCACAAGCCGUUCCACUUCAACAUU